AUGCCUCCGUCGCGGCGACAUUCCGGCCGCUCAUCGCCGACCAAACUCCACGUCUGGGACGGAACCGGGCCCAUAGGGCGUGGCACCGCUGCACCUCGGAGCAAGCCCGGCGAACGAGGGAGCAGCACAGCGAGCAGACGAGCAAAAGCCACACUCUCUCAUCGCCCUGUGUCUGUGAGACGUGACCGCGCGCAAUGCACGUCAGAGUCAUCCGGCGCAGGCCCCUCGACCACGUCAGCCACGAGCGGUGAGGAUAACACGCAGGUCAGCAUGGACCGUCUCGCGUCUGAUAGGGUGGCUGGAAGAAGCGGUUGCUCUCUAGCAUCAAGCCCUCCGCGCAAGACAAUACGCGGGAUGCGAGUGCACAGCAAAAGCGACCGUCUCAUACCCACCCACCUUGCCAGCCCUAUCCGUGAAAUCCGCAGCAUCAGCGAAUUCGUUGCUACGUUCCAUUGGGUGUUGCUGCUACUGCUGCUGCUGUGCUCUUGCGAGGAGCUUACCGACGGCCUCGCGAUAAGGAACAAUUCGUCGUCCCUUCGACAUACCCGACCACCUCCGUCCACCAUCGGCCAGCAUUGGUCGCUGUACGAGGGUCUUUUGGCUUUUGCGGAGAUGACCACAAUGACGCGAACGCGAACGCGACAAGGGGAGGAGAGUUGCUCGGCCCUGAUGACUCCUGGAUGGAUGACUGAUCUUUGUUCUCCUCGCCGAACGUCCGCCGUCCGUCGGGGCCACGGCAACAAGUGA